AUGCGAUAUACCUCCCUCAUCUACCCAAUCCUGACAAUCUCCCUAGCCUCCACGGCCUACGCUCGCAACAAACAAUAUCCCAUCAACUCCCCGCUCCUCACCCCCGCCAUGCCACCCCCUCCCUCCUCAACAUCUACCCCGGCAGACGACAGUACCGUAAUCCUGUCCGACGUCCUCGGCAAUGACCGCAGCAUCAACAUCUUUGCAGGCUUUACUCGGGACUUCGCGCCCAUCUCCAAACGCUUCGAAGACUCCUCCCUCAACACUACGAUCCUCGCGCCUAUCAAUUCGGCCAUUAUGGGCCUGCCGAGGAAACCCUGGGAAGACCCGGAGGAUUAUGAUAAGUUAGGCGCGGAGGCAUAUGAGGGUGGUGGUGGGCAGGAGAGGGCACAGAGGAAUCUGAGGAGAUUCGUAGAGGCGCAUGUUGUUCCUGCUAGCCCGUGGAAGGAGGGGGAGAAGUUGAAGACGCUCGCUGGAGGGGAGAUUUGGUGGGAGAGUAAAGAUGGGGGGAAGAUGAUUCAACCAGGGAAUAUUGAGGUUAGUUCUAUAGCGAGCAAGGUAUAUAAUGGGGAGGUCUGGAUUUUGAAGGGAGUGAGGAAUUAUGCUUCGCAGUGA